CGGUAGUGUAGUGUAUGUAAUUCACUGCAUUGAUUCUGUGUGUCUGCUGCAUGUACGUACGUACGUCGCUGCAUGCGGCCGGGGGUCCGGCUCUGUCCUCUCUCUGCGGCACUCACUGACUGCAUCCAUGGUAGGAAUGGAAUGCACCUCCCUCCAUCAACCACGCAACCACGCACACAUGCAAGGCUUGGCGGAUCCAGGCAUCAACCAAUCGACUCAUCCAUACACACGUCCAUCAAUCCACGAGCAAAGAGGUCGGCGUGCCCUCUGCAAGGCAAGAGACAGACAGACGGUACACAUGGUCCAUCCACUGGAGUGGAUAUGUAUGUGUGUACAAGUGUGUGUGUGUAGAUGAAGGCGCCCCACCUUAUUGAUUGAUUCAUCCAUGUGCAGGCAGGCAGCAGGCAGGCUAGACGAGCGCUGGAGCCUCAUUCCUCGCGUUCAGAUCCACAAACUGACACACAAACACAGACAGACACACAGACAGACAGACAAACAGACAAACAGACAACAGAGACAGCCAAAACACGACACAUAGAUAGAUAGAUACAUCCAUCGACGGAUAGAUAGAUACAUGAAUGAAUGCAAUGCAAUGCAUGCAUGAGUCAGGCCUACGUGUGAGAAAGGCAUGAGUCCGAGUCUGGUUUGGAUCAUGAGGUCGGGGGCGGGGCCGGUGGGGACAGGACGGGGGAUCUUACGCGGCACCUUCACAGGCACGUGCACGUCCUUGAACACAGGAACCUUCACUCAACAAAGAUACAAACAGACAACCAAGGGAGGGAGGCAAUGCACACCAACAUCACACCACACCACUAGCUACCACACGGCCCGCCUGACUAGUUUGCUCACUGACUGACUGACUGACUGACCGGGACUUCGAUAGUCUUCUGAGCGACGGGAGCGCCAGUCAUGGGCACAAACACGGGCACCUCCUUAUACCUUGACAAAUAUUUAUUUACCCACAGAAGCGCACCACACAUUUGUGGCCACACAACCAACCCACGACACAAGCGGGGUGCCGUGCUGUGCUGUGCUGUGCUGUGGCCGUAAUUGAUCAUCGUGGGCAUUUAACCAAUCAUGGAUUUCCUUACUUUGGGACGAUCUUGGGGAUCUUGACGUGCUGGAUGAUAUCGCCCGGCCCCGGCUCGCCGCCCUGAACCACCUCAGGCUCCGGCAGCCCCCGCCUGCAUAGCAUACAUACAUCAUGCAUGACACACAACAGGACCCAACACAGUGGCAGCUCGGGUGUGUGUGUAAAUGUGUGAUUGAUGGAUUGCCUGGCUGAAUGAGUGAGUGUUUGAUUCCUCACUCAGCGGCUCCUUCAGUGGGUACGUGUCGGUACUGCGGGACGGGCUGGGGGACGGGCUUGGGGAUCUCCUUGUACUGAGGCACCGGAAUCUCAACGAUCUUCUCAACGUACUGAUGGAUGGAGAAAGGAGAGGAAGCAAAUGCACACGUACGUACGCCACACCACACCCAUACCAAUACAGCAAGCAAACCAACAUGGAUGGCAUCCGUUGGCUGGCUGUCUCUUUGUGUGCAUUGCAUUCGUGGAUCUGUCUGUCUGUCUGUCUUGCGUACACAUACAUACACAUGCGUUGCUUGGCCAUGUAUUUAUAUAUGUACAUCUGUGUAGGUGUGUAGGUGCCCCACCUGUAUUUGUGGGACCUCGACGAUCUUUUCGACGGGCACGUGUCGUGGGACGAUCUGUGGGACGGGAAUGUCCUUGUACACAUACUGCACCUCGGGCUGCGGCACCGGCUCCACCUUCUCCAACUGCACACACACACGCACACACACACACACACACACAGACAGCCACAAACCAUGCAGGCGAGGGAUGAGGAGAGACACGCGAGUGCAACUGCCUGUGCUGCCUGACAGCAGGCGGGGGCGGGGAGGGGCGUGAAUGCAAGCUUCUCCCUUCCUCCCUCCCUCCCUCCUGCCUUUCUUUCUUUCUUUCUUUCUUUCUUUCUUUGACCCUCGUCUGUCCCUGAAUCUCUCCCUCCAUGCCUCUAUCCGACGUCCGUCCGCGCGUCCGUUAGUGUGUGUGACGAUGUGUGUGUGUGUGUGUGUGUGUGUGGCUAUUACCUGUGGGUGGAUGAACUGUGGGACCUCGACAAUUUUCUCCUGUGUGAUGAUCUUGGGGACCUCGACGAUCCUCUCCUGGACCUCGAUCUUGGGCACAUGGAUGAUCUUCUCCUGCACGAUCGUCUGAGGCACCUCCUGGAACUUCUCGAUGUACUGAAUCUGAGGAACCUCCACUAUCUUCUCCUGCAGGGACGGACGCAUGGAUCAUACAAACACACACACACACGCAGAGACAUGCGUGUGCAUGCAUUGCAAGGCAGACAGGGCGAGAGGAAGCAGACAGGGGAGGAAGGCAUGCAAGGCAGUGGGCGCACACAGGACGGGACGCCCGACACGUCCAUGUCCGUCCAUGUGCCACACACACAUGUGCGUACGUACCUGCCUACGUACGCAUGCAUCCCUCCCUCCCUCCGUCCGUCCUCUGAUACCUGUAUUUGUAUCUUGGGUAUUUCGAUGAUGCGUUCCUGGACCUCCACUUUGGGGACAUGUACGAUUUUCUCCUGCACGACCUGCUGGGUCACCUCGACAAUCUUCUCGACAUAAUGCACCUGCGGCACCUCCACUAUCUUCUCCUCUACUAUGGGCUUGACAACCUCUAUCACACGCUCCUGCGGGCAGGCAGCAUACAUAAACCACACACACGCAUCCACACGAGCACAAAGCAAACCACACCAGAUAGAUAUAUGCAUGGGCAAGCAGGGAGACAGACAGACCGGCAUGGCAUGUGCAUUCACCAGCCACAGACAGACGACCCGACCCGCACGGAUGCAUGGUGCAAACGAACGAAGGCCCAGAGGGCCUCCCUGCGCUUAUAAGGUACCUACCUGCAGAAUGGGCUCGGCGGUGAAUUUCUCAGGAAUGGUAUACCUGCAGCAGCAACGAACCCCAUGCAAUGCAGCCAGCAUGCUCUCAGUCGGUUCUGUCUACUGCGGUGGGGAGUGGUGGUAAGGCGUACCUCGGGGGUGCCGGGCCGUCAGGCCCCUGAGGUCCUGUGGGCAUCAUCGUCGGCAAGGCGGCAAAGGAG